AUGGAGGUGGCAGUAAUAGACUGGAAAAACAUUGAUUCAAGAUUUGUGAAAGAUGAAGUUUAUGAGCACAUCAAUGCUCCUCAAUGGAUCGAUUUCUCCGUUCCCGAUGACACAAUUGACGACGAGGCCUGGUUCUGCAGACCCAAUUGUAAUCAUCCGAAGACAAUUGAAGAUUUCUUUAAAGAGAGAGAAAGGACUCCUACUUCGAAUUCUAAGCUUCAGAGAGCAGCUAGUGUAUCUGAGGUUCUUCCAUUUGGCGACAGAAAUAAAAGAGAUGCAACACUGAAGAAGAGAGGGGUGAAUCAACCAUUCAUAUCACCAAACACGAAAUAUAAUAGGAUUGUUGAAGAUAGUGAAAAUCAAGAUCCCAAUUUUGCGACCCCUCCAAAUCGCAAAGGUCAUGGAAUGAAAGAGGGGAUCAAAUCAAGCGGAGACAAGAAGAAAGAGACUGAUGAUAUCAUGACAACGAAAAAUGAAGCACCGAGGCUUAGAAGUACAUUGUCAGCUCGGAAUUUGUUUUCCGGAGGAGAUCUACUGAACAAGGUUGCCGAGUUUUGCAAUGAACUGAAGAAACUGGCAACGAGGGGAAAGGAUGGUGCAGACAAUGUGAAUGGGGGAAAUGCAGAGAUUUCACGAGAUUGGGACGAUAAAGAAAAGGAAAGGAAGCCACUGCUUCAAUCAAGUCAAGUUAAAAGUGAAGCGACUGAGAAGAGCAACUCAAAAGAGAGGCAAAGAAGGAAAAAAAGAAAUGAUGAUGCAGAGAAUACCCCCAUAUCUGUGGAUGUAAAGAACAUUAAGCGCAAAGAGGAAGAAAGCCUGUUGCAAAUUCGGACUUCUCCUCCAACUCCACAAUGUUUCUCAGCCAGCCACGGGCCUACCAAAGCCACGCCAAAGUCUUAUAGGUCUAAACCACAGCUUCAGGAGAGAGGAAUUCUACAGGAGCUCAAACCUAACGACAAGGAGGAGAAGAGUGACGAACUCAGGCACAAGAACAACCACGGAAGACAUGUUGCUGCUGCUUUAGCUGAAAAGGAAGCAAGAAGUUUGGAUGUUUUUUGGUUCUUAAAGCCUUGCACCAAUUCAAGUUAG